GGCCCUGGCCCCGCCCCUCCCGGACCCUGCGCGCGCUUCCGGCUGCGGGGGUCACUCGUGGCGGCGGGCACGGAACAUGCUGUCCCUCCUGGCCCGGGCCGCCUCCGCGGGCCCGCUGCGCUCGCUGUGCCGCUCGCCCUUCUGCUCGCUGGCCCCGUGGGGGCGGGCGGCGGGCAGCGGGGCCCAGACGCCGUGCUGGGCCCCCCGCGGGCUGCUGGCCGUGCCCCCGCCGCCCGGGCCGCCGCUGCCGGCGCUGGUGGCGGGGCUGAAGACGAAGACGGUGCUGAAGAGGCGCUGCAAGGAUUGCUUCAUCGUGCGGCGGCGUGGGCGGCUCUACGUGUACUGCAAGACCAACCCCCGGCACAAGCAGCGCAAGGGGUAGAACCGGGCCCGGAGCCGUCCCGGCGGGCACGGAACCAGCCCGGCGUUCGCCGGCCGGGCCUGGAGCCCCCCCGCUGUCCCUGCCCCCGGACCGCGGGCUGUCACCCGGCUACGCCCUGGCUUCAGAGAGCCGACUGCCGGAGACACGGACCGCAAAACGGUGCGGGGGACAAUGUUUCAUCCUAACCCAGAUGGAGAGUGAGUUAGAUCCUGGACGGUCCUUGCCGUAACUUCAGACCAUGGAUACUGGGAACUGAAAUGGGAAGCCACAACUCUCAGGACCUCUCGUCAUCUUAGUCGUGAAGCCUUACUUAAAAUCGCCUCGCUGUUAAAUUAGUAAGGAUGAAGCUGAAUCAUUGGAAUCUGAGAUGCAUUUCUGUUUAAUUAAAGCAAAAUGAAAAUAAACUUAAUUCUUACAGUAUACAA